AUCAUCAUUUACAGAUACCGAGGGGAACUUGGACAAAUCAAACCAAUUAAAACAUGAGAAAGGGUCAUUAAAGGCCGGCCCUAAACCGAAUGUCAAGACCCGGCGAUUGUUGAUAAACGCCUUUAUUGGUAGCACUCGGGCUUGUUGGAGUAUAUAAAGCGCAACAUCUUCAUUACUGUAAUAGACCGCUGAAUAUAAUCGGCAGAAAAAGGAAACGGCCUAUUACUUCGUCUGCUUUUAUUGGCUCUGUUGUAAUACUUCGAUUUUCAAGACCGACUUGUUUCAGUAGACCGGUGCACGAUGUGGUGGAAGUGUAACAGAAAUGUAGAAAGAUAAAUUCUGUCUGGAGUGAAGAAAUGUGGAAUACCUGGCACUUUGUCACCCUCCUUUCCGCCUUGUCACUUGUCCAGCCAUGUUGCCUUCCGAGACAGAUUCAGUUCGAUAUGAUCGCGAGCGGAUAUGAAGAAUUUGAUGGCGAGAGGUUUGACUAUACAGAGACCAGAACUUUUUACUAUGAUGAAGAUAGGAACUGCACGUUUAUAAGAGCGGAACCAGACGGUUUUCAGUUAAAUAUAUUGACAAAUUACUCCUCCGGAAUUGAAUAUAUGGUGUCGGAAAUUUGUGAAAUGAGGGUUGUCCCUAAUAAAUUUGACAAAAUGUGCUUGCCAGACAAUGCCGUUUUCCAAAUGGAAAUGACAUCCGGAAAUGGCUCUAAAGUCCACGUGUACGAAGCAGACAUUCGUGAGUUUUACGGCGUUUUGAAGCGAGAAUAUGGAGUAGUCCACACAGGAAACAGUUGUUACUUUCUAUGGUGGAAAGAUAAGGCCAAGGUGAUAGAAUUGGAGGGCUGGGGAAUGUCAUCCGAGUCCUAUUCCUUUAUGAACAUUCGAACACAGAUUUCAGAUCACUCGGUGUUUGACGUUCCUGAAGAAUGUCCCCGAUCGUAGAGAAUCACCAGUCACUGUACGCCUUUUGUUUUCGCUGAACAAUGGAAAACUUCGUGCUUUCGUUAAUAGUGUCCUUGGAGCAAAUCAAUAAAAUAUAUUGACCAUUGCUGAGGUUAAUUUCAGUGUACUCUAAUCAAUUACUCGUGCUUUGGAUCCUUGGAUGCAUUUUAACACUUCAGUAUUUUGCAGUAACAAUCACACAGGAUGCUACGUGGUGGAUAUUUAUUUUUCAAUCUGCACAAUGUCAACUUUCCUCUGGCAGUUAACCGGCUCACUAGACGUCGUCUGCAACCGUUUAUUUCUAAUGGACUUUAACCAUAAAUAAGGCUGCCAAGUGACCAGUUUAAUCAAUGAUUGAUGAACAUUUCUCCUCUUCACUGUCUCUGCGGGGAAUAUUGUUGACGAAUAACGAGCAAUGCAAAUAUAUGGUAAUAUCGCUGUUAUCUUUGCAAACUAUAUUACUUGACAAGAAAUUGUGAUCAAGUGGCAUUUUUAUAUGUUUCAUGAAAUUGAUAUCUAAAUUAUUGAAAAACGUUUACUUAUUGUCAAUAUAUCGUAAUUUUGUAAUGUUAUUUAUUGUUUUGCAAAUAAAAUAUUCUAUUCUA